AGAAGCGAGCCCGGGCACCUGUGCGCCGACCGGGCGCUGUUUGCGGGGCGCGCAAACAGCGCCGGCCGGCGGCGCACGUGCGAGCAGCAUCGACUCACCGGGGCUGCGGGACCGUGGCGAGAACUUAAGACUCGGGACGGGGCGAGAGGGGGCCGUGGCCUAGCGGCUGGCGCGCGCUGACGUCACGCGCGCCGCGGCUGUCGAUUGGCGCAAAGUGCAGCGGCGCUGGCGCUCAUAAAUAUGUGGGGCAAGUCGGCGGGGGCCGAGCUCUUUGGAGCGCAAGUCGUGUGUGGAGCGCGCCGCGAGCGGAGUCUUGUGAGCCCGAGCCGAGCGCGCGGCGCAAGUGUGGCCCUGUACGCGGGUGAAGCGGGCGAGGCCGCGGUGGCAGCGUGGCUCGGCGGCGCGCCCCCGGACCCUGCCUGCCUGUACUUCCAGCAGGGCGGCGCGGCGGCGGCCACGCCGUCGCCGUCGGGCUCGUCUUUGAGCUCGUCCCUCGAUGAAGACGCCAUGGCGGGCGACGAGUACAGCUUCGACCUGGAGAACCUCGAGGAGGUCGUCAAGCAAGAGAUGGGCGCCAAGUACGCGGCACUUCAGCCCGAGCUACAGCAGCUCGAGCAUCUGCGCCGGCCGCUGGUCGGCAGCACGCCGGGCACACCGCCGGACACGCCGCCCGGCUCGACCGCCUGCCCGGCAUCGCCCGAGUUCGGCGCCUGCAUGCCGGACGACAGCAUGAUGUGGCUGUCGCAGCCGCCACCGCCGCCGGCGCCGCAUCAGGCGCCGCACCAAGCGCACGUGCGCUUCGGACACCAGGAGCCGCUGGACCUGCGGCCGCAGGGGGACCUCGAGUGGCUGCAGCUGCGCCGCGACCUGGAGGGCCCACGGCCCCCGAUGCCCCCGCCGCUGCCCAUGCGGGACAUCUUGGACGACGAACAGCUGAUCUCGCUGUCUGUGCGCGAACUCAACAAGCGACUCCACGGGUUCCCCCGCGAAGAAGUGGUUCGCCUCAAGCAGAAGCGUCGGACGCUCAAGAACCGCGGCUACGCGCAGAACUGCCGGACCAAGCGCCUGGCGCAGAGGCACGAGCUGGAAAGCAGGAACCGCAUCCUUCAGGCCGAGGCCAACCGUUUGCGUCAGGAGCUGGAACGCGCCUGCCAAGAACGCGACUUCUACAAGCAGCAGCUGGGCGCCGCCGCCCGCGCCCGCGCUCAGCAGCCGCAGCCGCCGCCACAGCAGCAGCAGCUGCCGCCGCCACCCCACGGACUCGGGCCCGGCUCGCCGGACUUCCUCAUGUGACUCGGGCCGGCCCGCACAGGCGGUUCCGCCAAGUGGCCGCCGCGCAAUUGAAAGAGACUGUACGAAAGGCGGCAGCCACGCCGCCGACGAACAGUGCGCCGUCGCCUGGCCUGAUGCCCCAGCCGGCGCGCACCCCCACAGACUGUACGAAAGGCGGCUCCCAACCGCUGACGACUACCCCGCUUGCGCUUGCUUUGCUUGUCCCUUGUCUUGCCCGCCGCCGCUCAAAGUUCAACGAGGUUCGCGUUCUAGAGCAUGGGCCUCCAGGUGGGCGGCUCCCGGGACGCCGGCCAGUUUGCUAUCAACAGGUACGAAAGGCUCCGCAUGGCCGUACGCAUUUGCCCCCUUGAUCGCCGACAGUCGCGCGUGCCAAGUCGCGGGUAGGAGACGCCGCACCGGCGCCGGGUCGUGGCCCGGGUCGCUGCGCUGUCUCCUCCCCGCUGUCAUGCCGUUGCCUAAGCCCUGGCGCUCCGCGGAUACACGCUGCGCUAGUCUAGGCGCGCAAUGUUCUGUCACGCCCCACUCACGCGCCCUGCCGCUUGUGUUCUCGAGCACACGCUCUCUCUUCGGCGCACGCAGCCCCAUGCCGAGCAUUUUGUUUUCUUUAAUAUUAUUUCUUCAUGCCGGUGGUUAGAGUAAAUGCUAGUCGUGGUCAAAACGUGAUAGUGUCGCUGUCAUCGUGACUUUGCUACAAUUCUGGUCUGCUUGUACUUCUUGAGAUACACCAUAUGAGUGCGACGCAGUUAUUUGCGGAUGAUGAAGUAGCAAAGGCAGUGCAAUUAUAUCGACUAGCACGUGUACUCCUUCCUUUUGUCUGCGGUGUCGAUUAUGAAAGAAAAAUGGAGAAACAGUUGUGUUUUCUAGUCUUGUUCGCGUACGUGAAGGCUAUGAAAUGGAAGGGUUGUAUUCCGCAUGGUUGCCUUAAACCAAGGCAGUAGAUCUCGUGUGUAGUGCAUAGUUGCGAUUCAAUAGCCAUAUUUACUGGAUAGGAGAUAUGGCUGUCAUUCCUAAUCUGAGUUGUUAAAUUUGUGUGCAUUAACUCGUUAUCCCCACAUUUAAACAAGGAACAUUCAUGCAUAUACAUGAGACUUACCAGUUCUGACCACGACAAGGGAACACCUCAUAUUGUAUUACUUUUGUACAAGUAACAUUCUAUACUACUGGCGCGCCUCUGCUUUGACAAUUAGGGAACAAGGCAGAUUGCCAUUAUCCCUAACCAUGUUUUUGAUCCCUUCAUGUCCGAAUAAGCACUACAGUGUUGUACUCACGAGUGACAUAACACGAUGUUCUAUCAUGCAUUUUGAUUAUCUAUGUGAAAAUUUCAGUGUACUUAACGUGUAAAAGUCCUUUCGAAGCGGGGGAAACCGGCCACGGCGGUUUAACUGGCCAGCACUUUAGAUGCAGUGACCUUUGCCAUUAGAGUGCAACCUGGACACCAGUGCUUGCGGUGUUGUUAGGCGAAGUUAUAAUAAGCUUGAAAGAAGUCUUGUUACUGCGUGUGCAAUAUGCGCGAAUGUUAUCAAAGCCCUUGAUAUCCUUUUCUCUACCUUGAUGCCGUCUGCACCAUUAUAAUUUCAUGCCUAUACACAGAGCUAAAUAAUCAACUGUGAGCCAGCUUACUGGUCUUUUCAGCCCUGUUGAAACGUUCGACUACAACCGGUGUGUUUCUAGUGGACGUUUAUCCAGCGUGUGCCAACACGACAACCCUACUUUUUAAAGUGAGAUAUAGUUCCUGGAAUCAAUGUGGACACUGCCUUAGCAACUAAAACUUUAUUUUAACCAUUGAAGCUUGUGCAAUAAUGUUAUGUCCGAGACAGCCAACUGUGGGAAUCCGCCACGACAAAGCCUUAACAGAAACUGCAAGGAAGGUAUACAAGCGCCACCACAAAGAAUCAAGGCAAAACAAAUGCAGUGUCCGCAAGAGUGAGUUGCUUAGUCCUUACUUCUUUAGUGCAAACUCGACAGCCGACAAGCACUGAAUCCAUAGGCACCUCGUUCCUGGGGUCUCCCUAAUGUGGCCUCAAGUGGUCCGGUACUAAUUCAUGCAUUAUCUAUCUCGUGGCAACAUGUGAGCAGUUCCGUUUUUCCCUCAGCAGUCGGUCGUCAAAUCACAAAAGAGAUAUCUCCGUUCGUAAUGCGAAUACGGUUGUUGAAGUCAACGAGUAGAGAUGAGCGAUGUGCAAUGUUUUAAAAAGUACACUACAUUACUUUUUCGCUUUUAUUUUUAUGUCAAAUCAAAGCAAUUUUGUUGGGGCGUGAUUCCUGCUUUAAGCUCAUCAAUAGUUUUGAUGCGACAAGGGGGGAAAACGCACGCUAUUUUCUACUGUGAUAAGUAAGGCUGUAUAUUAAUAUGUGUGUGCAAAGAAAAAGAAACGCUUAAUUUGUUUUUAUUUCAAGUUGUUUUAUGUCCGAGAAAUUUCCACGCUGUUAUAUGAACUUGUGCAUGUAUGUAAUUGUAUAAUAUCCACACGCAUAUACAAACUCGUGUAAAUAUUCUCUAUGUACGCGGUACCACUGUGUUCCACUGAAGAAGCAGGAGUGCAUGAUGUUUCGUUCAUCGUUAAUUCGAGGUUUCCCCUUUUCGUAUGGGGCUAAUAUCUGUACCGCCAGCGCGCUGCGAAAAGCGCCCCUGCUUCGCCAGUGAGGAUACCCCAAGGUGAAUGCUUCCUCUCAUAAAGAAUGAAUAUAAUAUUAUUCCUGCUAUUAUACUGUCUUCUCCUUCAUUGAGAUUCAGGACAGCCUGUUCUGGGCUACAUGUACGUGCUUCAGUUCGCUUUUAAGCGCCUGUACAUACGUUCUCGCCUAGGUGGUACGUUUUAAGACAGUGGAAAAAUAUUCAAUCCUGUCAGCUUUUCGUAAAAGGUGUGCGUGUGCGCUGUAAUGAGGACAUUUACGUUACUGACACUGCUUUCCAGGAGACGAGUGUCACGGUGUAAAAAAAAAUCAAGCAAUAAAAGGAAACAUCAAUGCCAAAA